AUGGCUGAUGCUCAAGAGAUUCGUCACGACUCUGUGGGACACACAGUCAUUGCACUCUGCAUAGCGUUCGGCGCUAUUACCACGGUAAUCAUAUUUCUACGACUGUUCACUCGGUUUUGGGUUAUCAAAACCAUAGGACCUGACGAUGGUGAGUAUUCGAACACUGACAACUUCAAACCGAAGGCGUCGACUAACGAGAAUACCGCAGUCCUCAUCACAAUUGCAUCAGUACUAUCAUGGGCCUUUAUAGCCGCGACCAUCAUGGCCGUAAAUCAUGGUCUCGGAAGUCACGUUGAAGCAGUGAUGCUUCGCGGAACCCAGAACAUGAUUAGCUAUGCUCAGAUCGUGUGGUUUUCUAGCAUAUUCUACAACGCGUGUUUGGGGUUCAUCAAAACUUCAGUACUCGCUCUGUAUAUGCGACUCGGCGACCGCAACCUGCGACGCACGGCGAUUGUAAUGACAGGAGUCGUGGGAUGCCAGGCCACUGCCAAUGUCUUGACUUGCAUCUUCCAGUGCAAUCCCGUUUCUGCCGCGUGGGAUAUCACAAUCACAGAGAAGAAAUGUGUCAAUAUCAACGCCUUCUAUCUAGCCAACGCGGCUCUCAACAUUGCGACGGACUUGUUAACUUACACCCUUCCGGUCAAACUUGUCAUCCGGCUUCAGGUCCCGCGCAACCAAAGGAUAGCUUUAGGCGUCAUGCUUUGCCUCGGCCUUUUUGCAUGCAUAUCCUCCAUUGUCCGUAUCACUUUCAUUCCACAAAUGCUGGUCUCCCCCGAUGCCACUUACGUAAUAUCUGGAGCAAUGUAUUGGAGCGUCAUCGAAACUAACGUGGGCAUUGCUGCUGCUUCAAUACCUUCGUUCAAGGCUCUUGCGAAACGAUAUGCCCCCGUACUCCUCGGAUCGUCUCACAACAACAACCAAAAAUAUGGGUCUACAGGUAUAAAGUCCGGGUCUGGACCAUUCCACAAAAUCUCCAACUCGACACAAAACACAUCGUCUGUAGGCGACAACUCUGUCAAAUUGAGGCCACUAAGCCAUCGCGACGCAGCCAAGGGCGACAUCGCGGACAGCGUCACGGAACUUCCAGCGUACGCGAAAAACAGUAUAGCAACCAAAAUCGAGCAAGACCGAGCGAGCAACGACAGCGAGGAAAUGCUAAAUGUCCCGGAUGGUCGUAUCAUUGCCAGAACCCAUAUCACGACCCAUGUGGAAGGAAGCGACGAGGAAGAGAGCAGUUUCUAUUCGCAUGAAAACAAUUCAAAGCCAGUUGGAAGAGGUUUCUAGGGUCGACCGUUUGGCGAUGGACCAGCGCAUUUCGAUCGCUCUGGUGAUACAUGAACUGGGCUAGCCGCCGGACGCCUUGAUGAUGGAUCGUCUACGGACGAUAGGAUGCAACGGAAGCUUUUUUUUGUUCCUACGGAUAUAAGUCGGAGUUGAAGGUUCCUAAAUAUGUCUACAAAUGCGGCAAACAGCGCGCUAGAUCGACGCUUUGAGCAAAAACCUCAACCAGAAUGAAUCAUGAUCACAUCCCAG